AUGGCCGCGGGAGGAUCCUCGUCCUCCGCGCAGCCAGAAAAGCUCAUGAAAGGUUUACAGUUGGACAAAAAAUCCUUGACGAGUACUUCACAGGAAGUCGGGAACGGGCAAAUGGAAAUCGACAUGCGGAAUGAGGCAAGUGUUUUGAAUUUUACCUGUGCAUUAGAUAUAUGCUCACACAUAUCAUCCUCUCUCUCUCUUUUCAACGCAUUAAAACACAAACAGAAAUACGAAAGCUAUCGAUUCGAAGGCGACCCGAACGAGGUUGGCCACGUGGUGACCACUCGUUACGAAACGCAGCGCGUGGUCGGUAACGGUUCCUUCGGGGUGGUAUACAAAGCGUUGUGUACGACGACGAACCAAACGGUGGCGAUUAAAAAAGUGCUUCAGGAUAAGCGGUUUAAAAACCGCGAGCUCGCUAUUAUGAAACUUUUGAGGCACACGAACGUGGUGCACAUGCGGCAUAGUUUUUAUCACCACCAACAGCGGGAUAACAAACAACAACAACGAGAAGAAAACGAUAAUAACAACAAUAAAGAUAAUAAUAAUAGAAACAACGAAACGAAUAGAAACGAUCCGGGAGAAGUGUAUUUAAAUCUAGUGCUCGAUUACGUGCCGGAUACGGUGUAUCGGAUAUCGAAGCAACACAACCAAGCCGGGGAAAGGAUACCGAUUUUGUACGUGAAAUUGUACGCGUACCAAAUGGCCAGAGGGUUAGCGGCUAUUCAUAAGAUUGGUGUGUGUCAUCGAGACAUAAAGCCGCAGAAUUUAUUGGUGGAUACGCAGACGCACGCUUUGAAGAUUUGUGAUUUUGGGAGCGCGAAAACGCUCACGCCGGGGGAGCCGAACAUUUCGUACAUUUGUUCUAGGUAUUACAGAGCGCCAGAGUUGAUGUUUGGAAGCACGGAUUAUUCGACUGCAAUUGACGUUUGGUCGGUUGGAUGCGUCGUGGCGGAGUUGUUGUUGGGAGCGCCGUUAUUUCCGGGAGAUUCUGGGAUCGAUCAGUUGGUGGAGAUUAUCAAAAUUUUAGGCACGCCGACGAGGGAAGAGAUUUUGUCCAUGAAUCCAAACUAUCGCGAGUUUAAGUUUCCGCACAUCAAAGCCAUGAAGUGGGAAAACGUGUUCGGAAAAGAGGUGGAAAAAGAAGCUUUGGAAGUGAUCGCGAACGUUUUAGUGUACACGCCUACAAACCGAUUCGACGGGUUACAGUUUUGCGCGCACGAGUGGUUCGACGAGUUACGCCAGGAAGGAAAGAGUUUAGGAGACAACAAGCCGUUACCGCCGCUGUUCGAUUUCACGGACGAGGAGUUGAAAGGUGUGGACGAGUCCUUGCGAAGGAAAUUGAUUCCCGAGUGGGUGCGACGGCAGAACCGGUAA